AUGAAGGUGUAAGGUAACAAAAUGUGGAAAAAGUGAAGGGCUCUGAAUAUUUUCCGAAUGCACUGUAUAUAUUUGUGGCAGGUUUGAAUCCUUUUAAGCUUUGCAGUCCUCCAUAUCAGUCCUCUAUAUCAUAUGAUAGAGUGUAGUUAUGCUUUCCCUAGAUUUUAUGUAGAACGUUUCUUUGUAAUUUAGUGUGCCACUGAAGCACUUGAGCAGACGACUGCUCUUGACACACCUUCUUUCGUUUCAAUGCUCUACCUGCUUCAGCAAAGUGUUUAGCGGCAGGAAGAAUAUUGAUUGGCAUUGGUUACAAUGCCAACAGUCCAAAGGGAUCUGUAUAUUUUGAAAGACUAUGUGCAAGGCUGCUGUAAAGACACUGUCUUCAUUGUCUAUUUGCUAGCAUUCAUGCUAGGCUCUUCACAUAAGCACCACUGUCUCAUCUAGUGUCAGUGUCCUACUGUAUCUUGUCUACUUCAAGCCAAUACUCUCCAUGUUCAUCAUGUAGGAGUUAUAUAGUGUGAUACUCCAGGCCAAGCAUACAGUAGCUAGUGUCUUAGAAACUUCAGUACCUCUACCAAAGAGUCUGCCUGUUGACUACGUCCUGUACAUACACCAUGGAGAAGAAUGAACAGAUCACAAUCACUUUCAGAGCAGAAAUCCAGGAAGAAACGCACUGUGUAAUGUGCUGCUAUUGAUGUAGACGGUGAAAGAGGACUUGUCCAGUCACUACAAAUAGCACAGAUGAAGAGUACAAAAGGAGCACAAAACUUUUUGAUGAUCUCAUAUUAUGAGAAAUCUUUGCAAUAAAUUACUACCAAGCAUAUAAAAAUGUAUUGACAUAACCUUCUUACAAAUAAUUCAUCGGAACAAGAAAGACUGUAGUAUUUAUAGGCACAAAUUGGAAUGUAUUACAGCAGAUGUGAUGAUUAAGGAGCUUUGACCAAAUCUGAUCGAAGUCUGACUGUAAAGCAAUCUCCAUUUUACUGAGGAAUAUAAACCUUCCAAUGGUUGAUCCUCAAAUCUCUAUUUACUGAUACUCAUGAGCAGAAUGGCAGUGCUUCAUGCUUAGUAUGUAAGUGUGUCUUAAUUUAAACCAAGAGCACAGUUCUCCGUUGGACAAUUUCAACCCUCUUACAGAAGUGAAGUAUUAAAACCAGAUAGAGACUAGCACACAGUGCUAGUUUAAUAUCUGCCAAGACCUUUUCCCACAAGUAUUUACACAGUUUCAUCACACAGAUUGCAAAGCUUUUACCAUUCGUUCUUGCCAUAACAAACAAAAAAAAAAGUACAUUUGACAAUCUGAAAUGGCAGGGAAGGAAGGAAAUGUCGCCCCCCCCCCCGUGACCGUGACCCACUUUCAUAAAGUAAAAUGCCCACUUGGCCUGUCACUCUUAUCGUCGUUUGAAUUACAAAUAGCUGUGAAGUCAAAAUGGUUCCAUUUUAGCUAGCUUUCUUUUAUGAAGAGGAUUGCUUUAUUUGUAUUUUUAUCACAAUGUUCAAAGCCAUGGUGUUGAUGAUUAAAUUACUACAUUUAUAUUAUUGCAUAAUAUCCUAUCUGUGUAUGUUGGUGCGCAUAAUGUUUAAUACUAAUUAAGAUUUUAUCUGUAAACGUGACCGGGUGUACUUUUUCAUCCUGUGUAUAUUUCAUUGUAUAUUUGAGGUUUCUCUAUUUUGUAGUUGGUAUACCUUAUCUAUGACUAUGGGAGUGUAAAAGGAGUGCGACGAGGGGGUGGGUACAGUAUGUUAACCUUGUGUGAUCCUAAUGUAGCCUCGUUUUGAGAACGUGUAUUGUCGAACUCUGACGAGCUACAUGUGCAGCACUCUGGUUCCCAUGUGUUCCUCUCUCAGCUGCUUGUAGAGAGGCGUGGCCCUCCAGACAAGAACACAUGGAUAAGCAUAUCUAUGCAGUAGGUUAAUAUACAACCAGUCUUUGCUUGAAGUUCUAGUCAAGCUUUAUUUGAGUCAAAAUCCCUCACUUUAAACGUCUGUAAAUAUUCUUACGUCUGUAAGAUUCUACACCCGAUAAUAAUCCAAUUAUUCUAAAGAUAGAGCAAAACUUGUGAAGUAUAUAAAUGUCUUAACACUGAAGAACUGUUUCGAUGAGAGUUAAUGUGGAGGAAAUGACUAUUGGAUGUGGUGAAUAUGAAUGCACUUUUUCACUUGAAUCUCAAAAGAGUAUUGUUAUGUUUUUGUUUUCUGCAUGUUGGUAUGCUCAGUGUUUGCCCUAGCGUGGGUACAGUCUUUGUUAAAGCAUUGUACUAUUAUAUUAUCUGCUGCACCUUCUCACCUUCUCCAGCUACAACAAGAUAGACAACAACUGCCACUUUGACGCCAUGCUCGUCUCCUUUAUAAACCUUUUCACCUCCAUCCUGGCUACUCUGGUGGUGUUCGCCGUGCUGGGCUUCAAGGCAAACCUUAUGAAUGUGAAGUGUGUCAUAGUGUGAGUUCAAAUCAACUGCCCUAUCGGACGUAGGGUAAGUUGAGUCAAAGGGAUAAGUUGAGCCACCCUUGUUUCUAGGAAACCAUACACAAAAUGAAUCAUGUGGCCAAAUAUUUAGGACGAGGUCAUAAUUUCAUAGAGUAUGAAUGAAGAAACCACAUCGAAAAAGUGGUAGGCAAGUUAGGUCCAAAAAACUGAAAACUGGUUUUCACAAAGUCAAAUGAGUGUAUUGUGUUAUAAGUUAUUGUGUCAUGAUGCUUGUAUCUAAAUCAAAGUAUAUAUUUUUAAGAUUGUUUUAUACAUCAGUUGGGGUCUUUAUAAGCUACCAUAUGAGUUCCUAAACCUAGCAUGAAAGUGCAUCCCUGUAGCUGUGUGGGUUAAUAUAGUCAAAAUGUUUGCCUUGGGGUAAGUUGAGCCAAUGGCCACCAUACCCCAUACAAACGAUGAUUACAUUUGGUCAGUUUUAUGCAUAAAACUGAUAGUAUUUUUGCAAUGUGUCAUGCGUAUGAACUCAAGUGCAUUUUAUUGUUACAGAGAAGACAUCAUCAUAUCCUGUGCAUACAGACAUAUAAAGGGCAAUGGUAUCGCCCCCCCCCCCCUUGAGGUUCUUGAGAGAGCAGCCAAUGAAGUGAGAGAAAGGAAGAAGUCCAUUCGAGCAGGAGGCAAGGGAUGAAAAAAUUGACUGAAUGACAUUGAAGAGAAAUGCAGAGAAGAUCAUUGGCUGCCUGAACUCUAACGUGCUGAGUCAUGACCUCAUUCUGCCACACGUGAACUUCUCCCAGCUGUCCACCGUAGACUACACUGAGAUUUACGGUGUCAUCAAGACGUUGAAGGAAGGCAGCUUCGCCAAGCUGGGCCUGGACCCUUGUGUUCUGGAGGAUGAGCUCAACAAGUCAGUGCAGGGUACAGGCUUGGCCUUCAUUGCCUUCACAGAGGCCAUGACUCAUUUCCCAGCCUCUCCCUUCUGGUCCUUCACGUUCUUCUUCAUGCUCAUCAACCUGGGCCUGGGCAGUAUGAUCGGCACCAUGACAGGCAUCACCACGCCCGUCCUCGACACCUACAAGAUCUAGAAGGAGCUCUUCACAGGUCAGCCCUAAAACCAACUAUGGCUCUCCCAUUCUCCUCUAUCAUAGUUUCAUACACAAAUUCAGCACUUUUACCCAAGACAGAGUGGGGAACUAGGUAAGACUCACAAAUUCUGAGAUUAUUAAGGAUGACUCAUUUUUUGUUCUAUUGUUG